AUGUCUAAUUGGAGUUCUGAUCAAGAAGUUGAUGAAAUGGUGGAGGAGGAGGUUGAUAGUAUAGUGGAGGAGAUUCAAUACCACUACACUCACCCGGAAGUACCAGCAGCUCCAAUAUUCCAUAGAGUGUACAUCAAUAGAGACCGCGAAGAAGGCCACAACCAGUUGUGGAAUGAUUAUUUUAGUGAUAAUCCGACAUACAACCACGCUAUGUUCCGCCGUCGCUUUAGAAAGAACAAAUCAUUGUUCAUUCGUAUUGUUGAUACUAUUGAGAAUGGAGUCCCAUACUUCAAACAAAGACGAGAUGCUACUGGAAGGCUCGCUCUUUCUACACUUCAAAAAUGCAUAGCAGCUAUCCGGAUGAUGGCAUACGGAUGUUCGGCAUAUGCGGUAGAUGAAUAUUUACGAUUGGCUGAAACAAUCGCCCACAAAUUCCUUGAAAAAUUUGUAGAGGGAAUUAUAAAUCUUUUUGGAGACGAGUAUCUGAGAAGACCUACAGCGGAAGACCUCCAACGAUUACUGAAUAUUGGAGAACAUCGCGGUUUCCCCAGAAUGGUAGGGAACAUCGAUUGUAUGCAUUGGGAGUGGAAGAAUUGUCCAACUGCAUGGAAAGGACAAUAUUCACGUGGAUCUGGAAAACCGACAAUCAUACUCGAGGCUGUGGCAUCCCAAGAUUUAUGGAUUUGGCACGAAUUUUUCGGAUCACCAGAGGGCCGAGCUCCGAGAGUUACAUAUGUUGUCAAUGGACGGCAAUACAAUAUGGCGUACUACCUCACUGACGGUAUCUAUCCCAAUUGGGCAACUUUCAUCCAAUCCAUUACACUUCCACGUGGCUGA